AUGAGUUAUCUAAGAUUCCGCGAAAAAGUGAUUCUGUCACUCGUUUUGAGCCUCUACUUUAUCAUCACCGUCGGGGCAGUGGAUCCUCCGACAUGUGAUUCAUCAUACGGAUGUGUUUCUUCCAUCCGUCAGGAGGAUUGCGCCAAGGGCGAAAUACUGAUCUCGGGUGGUUCGCUAAAUGGUUGCUGCCCCGGUUGUCGUGGCGGCCGUACGUAUCUCGCUGUGUGCAAUCUGAACAUUCCGGAUCGCUGGUGUGCACCUGGACUAAAGUGUGCCGGACGCAAGUGUAUUUACGAUCGCUCAACUUGUCUGCAUACGAUGCAUCUAGAUCGAGAUUUGGUCGGUUGGAUCCCGAAGUGCAAUCUGGAUGGUACGUACGCGGCUAAGCAAUGCCGUGGAGAUCGAUUAUCGGGCCGCUGCUUCUGCUACAGUGAGGAUGGUAAACGAAUCUUUGGAUGGGAUUGGUACCGGAACACCGAGCGAAUGACCUGCGAAUGCAGUAGAAGACGCAACAAGCUAGAGAAAGAGGGUCGCUUUGAUGUCACACUCCACUGCACCCAGAAUGGUAACUAUGAGGAGCUCCAGUGCGACUCCGGGCUGUGCUGGUGCGCGGAUGAGUUUGCUGGAAGUGUCCAGCUGGGAACAACCGUAGUGCACGAUAGUCUUUGGCAGCUUUUACCCUGCUAUAACAGUACCCUGCACGGUGAGUCGUACCUGCGCCAAUGCGAAAGUGCUGCCCAUGCGCAGAAAAUAAUCCUCAAGAAGUUCUACACGCGCGGUACCGUUGGUGUAACCUUCAAUGAGAUUCCGUGCGACUACGACGGUGCUUACGGUCGGUACAAGGUUGAGAAUGGUGUUGUCUACUGCACUUGGCGUGACGGAAAGAAGAUUGGUUCGUUUCAGAUACGCUCCAGUAUGCUUUCAUCGGUGAACUGCUAUUGUGCCCGCGAUACGAUCAUCUACCGGGAGGCUGGAAUACCGUUUACGCUGGCCUGCGGUGGCAACGGAAACUACGAGUACUCUCAGGACCAGAAUGGCCAACUUUUCUGCGUAGAUAGCGAUGGGUUCGUGGUAACGACAGAGGUCGCCCCGAAUGAGUCAUGCGAUAAGUUCAUCUACAACUCCGCUUUCUAUGACGAAGACUGA